UUUACGAGCGCUCACGAGCGUCAGAAUAUUAUUGUGAGCGGAAUAUGGAGUCAAGCGGAGUACAAGUCCAAGUACAUACAACUACACAAGAUACAAGUACUGUUUCUAUACAUGACAAUGACAAGUACGCGAACUAUGGACUGUAAUAAUAAAGCGUGUACAUAAAUGUAAUUUUGUAAAUUUUUUUACUUGUCGCUUACCGCGACUAUUUUUUAUUAAUUAUUAUCAGUGAUUUAUUAUUGCUCUACUCUUUUUAUUCUUGCUAUUAUUAUAUUAAUAAUAAUUAUUUAAUUAAGUGAUUGAUUGAUUGAUGGGUCGCAUCAAUAAAAAAUGAAGGAACUUGUCAAAGUCUUUGGAAUAUUUUUGGUAUUGUUUUAUUCUUGCGGACUUUGCACUACUUUGCUUUCGAUAAACGUCAAAAAUCAGGGUGGAGAUGUUUUUCCAGAGACAAUUGUUUCAAAUGUUACUGAAGAUACUAUUACUCUAGAGUUUCAAAGAUCUGAUGGAACUUUGGUGACACAAUUAAUUGACUUCAGAAAUGAGGUACAAAUAAUAAGAGCAGUAAUAUUAGGGGAAGUAGAGCGUGGUCAAAAUCAAUUGCAAGUAUUGUGUUUUGUAAAUCACUUCUAUAAAACGGAUUUUAUAUCAUCGGACGCGAUGUCCAAGCUGAGACAAAAGAAUCCCGGAACAGUCAGAGUCGCCGAGGAAGAUCGCGGUUACACUAAUUAUACAAUGGAUUUAUUCAUAGAUAUCAGCAAGUCUUUGGUGAUAUCUAAGCACAUUUCGACAUUUUGCUCAGAAGCCGCGGAGUCUACUUUUACACGGAAUGAAGAUUUGAAACUCUGGACUCAAAGACCCGGGACUGCAGAGUCACUCAUUACUUCUGCGGUUCGUAAUUUUACAUCACCAAUGAUACAAAAUUUAAAUAUUAACAACAGUAGUAGUAGCAGUAAUAAUAUUAUUAAUAACAAUAAUAUUAGCAGUAGUAGUAGCAAUAAUAAUAAUAUUAAAAAUAAUUCUGUAAUUUCAACAUCGAGAUCAAAUGCAAUGAGCAAAUGCGCGGAUACCUCAACUUGGUCAGUCCCUUGUUCGUGUUCCCUUGAAUUAUGCAUCGGUUGGUAUCCAUGUGGUUUAAAGUUUUGCAAAAGUAAAAACGAUGGGAAAAAAGUUGUCUCACCGUACAGAUGCGGUAUAAAAACUUGCAAGAGAUAUUAUAUAUUUACUUAUCAAGCUAAACAGAAACAAAACUGUCUUUGGGAUGAUUGACAUUUACAAUCCUACUAGUGAUAAAAUUUAAUAAUAAAAAU